UUGAUUCUCCACAAAAUCAGAUAAAAUAAAUAAAGCAGAAAGUUGUAUAGCAUAGGACAAAAAUAAGGUCUAUAACUCAGACUCAAGAGUAUAUGACUUAUAGGUUAGUUUGGUUCAAUGUCACUCUUAAGUCUGUCACAUUUUUUACACUCCUUAUAUAUAUUGAGCCAACAAAGAGUGAGCAGCAAAAAUUGAAAAACCCCUCUUGAAAUCUUUCAUCUUGUUCUUCUCCUCCGUCAUAAUAAAGUUUAUUAUCAUGGAUUUAUCAACUUCUGAAUAUAGCAGUGGAUGUGCAUCAGGAUGGACCAUGUAUUUGGAUCCAUUUUCAAGUUCUAAUGUUCAAUGGAACAGAAGUAUGGAAUAUGAUAAUGAUUUUCAAAGCAAAGGGCCUAAUUAUGUGGAUGAGGAUGAAGAAGAUUUGUCGAUGUUGUCCGAUGCAUCCUCAGGACCUCCACAUUUCCACCAUGAUGAAGACAGUUCUGAAGAAACCAGAUAUAACAGCACCAUGACAAUUUCCGAAUCCAAAAGGAGCAAAAACAGAAUGAAAGUAAAAGAGAAGAAGAGAAAUCAGCCAAGUUACCACCACCUUGAUGAUACUGCUAGCUCCCAUGUCUUAAGCUAUUCUAAGGCUCCUCAAAGGGCUCUCUUCUUUGAGAACAAUGCUGUUCAUAACAAUGACAAGUAUUUUGUAGCACGUGAUUCCGGCUUGUCUCAAGGCCAAGGCUUCUCUGCAACAAAUUGCAAGAAGGGUAAAUCUGGACUGAAGAAGCACUUUGGAUUCUUCAAGUCUUGAAUUGUCUAGAAAAGCUGAAUUAAAACAUCAAGUUAGUUCUCUUCUCUUCUGCACUUUUUGAUUGUUUUUCUGGCCAUUUGCUGUACUGUUUUUUAAAUCUUUCUCCUCUGUUUUACCUAACAGGGAAUUUGCAGGGAAGACAAGUGGCAAAGAGGCAUGGAACAAGGGCACAUACGUAUUAUGGCCAAUGCAGCAAUAUUUUACCUGGGAUGGAAAAUAUUUGCUCAUCAUGCAAAAGCUUUAAAAAAAAAACACACAACAAAGAGAAAAAACAAGAGAUAUCUGAAGAUCUUGUAUUUUACCUUUCUUUUACUUACUUUUUCUUACUAGUCAUUUCGUCCUGUCUAUGCAUUAGGAAACAACCUCAGAACAGAAAAUGUCCAUAAAAAAAAGGCAUUUUUUUUUUUUGGUGUGAAUAGUUUCAUUGUAUUUACCUCCUCCCUUUGACCUUUCACUACACUCCCAAACCAAACUAGUUUCAGCCAUCAUGGACUGCAGCAAAACUGCUUCAUUUUGAGAGCAACUUUCACUGCAAAAUUCCUGUUGAUUAGUGUAGUUCUUUCCAUUGUAAAUUCACAUUAAAGGAAUCGCAUUUCUUUGAAAUAAACAAC